UGUACGAAGCAGAAGUUGCUUGAGAUGUUGCAGCUCUUCAGGCGUGGAAUUUCUGGAGGGGAUUUCCGACCAAGAGCCUUGACAAAGCUAACAGUUAUCAACUCCCUGCUUGGACGUCCCUUCCUUCAGAGUUUACACAUAAAAGUUGGAGACAAAGCCGAACUUACCAAAGCUUUUACACAGAAUGAUGUUGUUACUUUUUCUGAUUUAACAGGUGACACAAAUCCUUUGCAUUUAAAUGAAGAUUUUGCAAAGAAAUCCAGGUUUGGGAGAACUAUUGUACAUGGAGUUUUGAUCAAUGGACUUACUUCUGCAGUUCUGGGUACUAAAAUGCCCGGUCAAGGUUGUGUAUUUCUUUCUCAGGAGAUCCGAUUUCCAGCUCCUUUGUACACUGGUGAAGAAGUCAUAGCUGCAGCAGAAGUUAAACGACUGAAGGGUUCUAUUGCGCACAUUUCGGUAUCAUGUAAAGUCAAAGGAAGUGGAAAGACUGUUAUGGAAGGGAUGGUGAAAGUCAUGGUGUCAGACAGUUAGAGCUGUUGAUCCUACGCUACU